AUGAACGGCGAACCGGGAGAGGCGAUGGCUCACAAGGCCUUCGACACCAUUCUGGUGCUCGAUUUUGGCAUUACUCGUCGUCUGCGCGAGCUCAAUGUCUUCUCUGAGAUGCUCCCAUGCACUCAGAAGCUUGCUGAGCUGAAGUUCAAGCCCAAGGGCAUUAUCCUUUCUGGCGGCCCCUACUCCGUCUAUGAGGAUGGCAGCCCUCAUGUGGACCCCGCUGUCUUCGAUUUGGAUGUUCCCAUCCUUGGUAUCUGCUAUGGCAUGCAAGAGCUCGCCUAUCGUAUCAGCCCGGACAACGUUAUCGCCGGCAAGCACCGUGAGUACGGCCACUCCAUGCUCAAGGCACGGUCGAUUGGCGGCCAUGUUGAUCGCCUGUUCGAGGGCAUUGAGGAUUCGAUGCGCGUGUGGAUGAGUCACGGCGACAAACUUGCCAAGCUUCCCGAAGGCUUCCACACAGUCGCCACCUCUGACAACUCAGAGUACGCUGCCAUUGCUCACGAGAGCAAGCCCAUCUAUGGCCUUCAGUUCCACCCCGAGGUCACCCAUACACAGAAUGGCACUGCUCUUCUCAAGAACUUCGCCGUCAACAUCUGCGGCUGCAAGCAGGAUUGGACGAUGGAGAAGUUUCUUGAGCAGGCGAUUGCCCAGAUCCGGGAGACUGUUGGUGAGAAGGGCCAGGUUCUUGCUGCCGUUAGCGGUGGUGUUGAUUCCACUGUUGCUGCCAAGCUCAUGAAGGAGGCUAUUGGCGAUCGCUUCUGGGCCGUUCUCGUUAACAACGGCGUCAUGCGUCUCAACGAAUGCGAGCAGGUCCAGAAGGAUCUCUCCGAGGCCCUCGGUAUCAAUCUCACCGUUGUUGAUGCUUCGAAGGAGUUCCUUGAGGGCUUGAAGGGCAUUACUGACCCUGAGAAAAAGCGGAAGUUCAUUGGUGGCAAGUUCAUCGAUAUAUUCGAGGCUGAGGCCAUCAAGAUUGAGGAGGCUGCUGCCAAGGACCCGACUAAGGGUGGUGGAAAGAUCGAGUUCUUCAUGCAGGGGACUCUCUAUCCGGAUGUGAUCGAAUCGCUCUCGUUCAAGGGUCCCUCUGCAACCAUCAAGACUCACCACAAUGUCGGUGGUCUCCCCGAGCGGAUGAUGAACGGUCAGGGGCUCAAGCUAAUUGAGCCCCUCCGGUCCCUGUACAAGGAUGAAGUCAGAGCACUCGGUCGCGCCCUUGGUAUCCGGGAAGAGCUCGUCAUGAGGCAUCCUUUCCCUGGCCCUGGCAUCGCGGUCAGAAUUCUCGGCGAGGUCACUCCCGAGAAGGUUGAGAUCGCCCGCCAGGCUGAUCAUAUCUUCAUCUCUGAGAUCCGCAAGGCGGGUCUUUACGACCAGAUCUCUCAGGCCUAUGCCGCCGUUGACCCUAGCCGCGCUGUCGGUGUUAUGGGUGACAAGAGAGUCUACGGCUAUAUCGUUGUCCUCCGUGCCGUUACUACCACAGACUUUAUGACCGCCGAGGCUUUCAACUUCCCUUGGGAAUUCCUCCAGAGGGUGAUGAACCGGAUUGUGAACGAGGUCCAUGGCGUCUGCCGUGUCGUUUAUGACAUUACUUCCAAGCCUCCGGGUACCAUUGAGCUCGAGUAA